AUGAUAGUUACGCUCACCCGCACGGAGAUUUGGAGCCUUGUGGCCCUUGCUCUUGCGUGCUUUGGGGUUCUGGUGAGCAACGUUCAAAAUGACGGGGAACCAUUGAUUGCCUCUGUUGCUUUGAGUGGCAUAGCUUUUGCGGCAUCAUUUUGCCUAAUACGAUGGCUUGGGCCUGUGUUUAUGAAAGCCGGUCUCAAAGGCAAGGACAUGUCCAAAAUGAAACAGCUCGAAUUGCCAGAAACGAUGGGUGCAGUCUGUGCGAUUGUGUAUAUACUAGUUAUUAUCGUGUUUAUACCAUUCCCGUUCUACAAGGACAUAGUGGCUGCGACUUCAGGGGGCGGGAAUCGUGAUGUUGUUCUGCCAGUUCAUCAUGUGGAAACUGGGCGCUUUUUACAUCGUUUCCCUCAUAGCAAGCUAGCAUCUUACCUUUCCGGGCUCCUCUCGCUACAAUCAAUUGUGAUUCUGGGUAUUGGCGACGAUUUACUCGAUAUUCGAUGGCGAGACAAAGUUUUGAUACCAGCUUUUGCUGCUAUCCCAAUGCUUAUUGUAUAUUUUGUGGACUUUGGGGUCACCCACGUGGUGGUGCCCGUCGUUUUACAAAGGUACUUGGGUCCAAUGAUUGACCUAAGUUGGCUGUACUACGUGUACAUGGCUGCGAUUGCCAUUUUUUGCCCCAACAGCAUAAAUAUGCUGGCAGGCAUUAACGGAAUUGAGGUAUCGCAGUCUAUUGUUAUUGCGGUACUUCUUAUGUUCAAUGACUUGCUGUAUCUGGCGCCAAUAACUCCUUAUCCACAUCCGGCUACUGAUUCACACUUGUUCUCGAUUUACUUCCUCCUGCCCUUCCUCGCCGUGUCUUUGGCACUAUGGUGGCACAACUGGUAUCCAGCGAAGGUCUUCGUUGGGGAUACUUAUUGCUACUUUGCUGGAAUGGUGUUUGCGGUAGUGGGAAUACUGGGUCAUUUCAGCAAGACACUACUUCUCCUCUUUAUUCCUCAGAUCUUUAACUUCCUUUACUCCACUCCUCAGUUGUUUCACCUAAUUCCAUGCCCAAGGCAUAGGCUUCCCCGGUUUAACAUCCGAUCAGGUUUGCUUGAGCCAUCUGUGACUGAAUGGCAACGCCCGCCGACAAAACCUAUAGCUAUGGGGCUGGAGCUCUUGCAUAAGCUCCGUUUAUUGCGAAUUAGGAAGAACGAAGAUGGUGAUAUUGUCGAGUCAACGAAUAUGACGCUGCUGAAUCUCUGGCUCCUAUGGUUUGGCCCUUUGCGUGAGGAUAGAUUGGCACUUCACAUCGUCGGACUUCAGGUAUUCUGCGGGCUUAUUGCCUUACUGACCCGGCAUAAACUUGCAUUAUGGGUAUUUAAAGAGGACAAUCGCGGCUUUGGUUCCCCUGUCUUAUAG